AUGGAUCAAUGUCCUCACGCUGGUGUUGGGAGUGGUGCUGCUGGUGACGGCGGGCGUGCUGUACUCGAAGCAGCCCACGGCGUGUCUCGCGUUCAUCCAGACGCCGCUCAUCGUGCUCGGUUCCCUCGUCACUGUCGUGUCGCUGCUGGGCCUGCUAGGCACGGCAUGCACGUCGUCGUUCCUCCUCUGGAUCGUACGUUCCUCCUCUCCCGCACCCUCCCCGCGUCCCCUCCCCCCUUUUACACCACCCUCCUUCGUGCAUUGACGCCGCCUGACUUGCCGUUUCGCAUUGACUUCGUGCUCCCGUGCCACUCCAAACGCACAAUCUCGGCUCUGCCUUGUCAAUUUGAGAAACAAUCCACACACGCGAGCCCUCGUCUCUCCCUCGCCCCGCCUGCCCCGCGCGCCAUCCUCGCUCUCCCGUCUUUCCCUGCCUGCACUGCCCGUUCACUUGCCUCAUGUCCGACCUACAUGGUGCUGCUAUCCGUCAUCACGCUCGUCUUCCUCGCCUUCACCAUCUUCUCGUUCACAGUCAGCGAGCCCGGGCACGGCACGCCCGUCAACGGCCUCGAAUUCCAGCAGUACUACCUGGACAGCUAUUCCAAGUGGAUGCAAUCUACGCUGCGCAACGCGGCGACGUGGGACCGCGUGCAGGCGUGCAUGGUGGACGCCGCGUACUGCCAGCAGCUCAACCUGCGCUACCCGGACCUUUCCCAGUACCACGCUGCCCAGCUCUCCCCCACCGAGUCCGGCUGCUGCCGCCCGCCCAUCGAGUGCGGGUACCGGCAGAUGACGGCUACCAUCUUCAUGCAGGAGGGACCCCCGCACAGCGACAACCCCGACUGCACCAAGUACAGCGCCGUCAACUCCACCAUGUGCUUCGCCUGCGACUCGUGCAGGGCUGGUGUGGCGGAGUAUGUGAAGAGCGAGUGGAUGAAAGUGGCGUAUCUCCUCCUCGCCUUCACCAUCAUCCUCAUGUCCAUCUGUGUAUUCGGCUGCUGCGCCACAUACCAUGUGGAGGUGGAGGAAGAAGAGCCUCUUGAACUGGAAAUGCUGGCGAAGCCUUCACGUCACAAACCCCGUCGCCGGGUGACAUGGGCAUAA